AUGACCUCGCACAAUCCCACGCCUGCAAACGCCCAGCCAGACACCACUCCUUCUUUCCCUCACGAACAGCAGUCCCAGAUGAUCGAAACACUAGACGACGUCUGGGCCGAUGACGACGAGGUCUCCUCCAACAACAAUCCCAGCACCAUCAUCACCACCACCCAGCUUCAUUCACAACAAUGGGCCCAAGCGGCCGCCGUGAUAAGCGACAUGCCCCGCCUGCGCCAGGCCCACUCAACAGCAGGCUACCGCGACGGCAGCGCGGCGGGGCGGUCCGCGGCGGCGCAGGCCGGGUUUGACGAAGGGUUUGGGCUGGGCGCCACCAUCGGGGCGCGCGCGGGCCAGUUGUUGGGGGUGCUCGAGGGCCUGGCCGCCGCCGUUGGGCUGCACGCUCUCUCGUCGUUCUCACAGCCCCAGCACCCGCGCGAAUACUGCGCGGAGCCUGAGUCAGAGUCAGCCCGGCUGAGUUCCCUCCUUGCCGAGGCGCGGCGCGAGCUUAGUGUGCAAGGUGUCUUUGCGGCCGAGUACUGGGCUGCGGAUGGGAAUUGGGCGUAUGAGGUCCCCCUUACUCAUUCUGGGUUUGAUGGGACGGGGACGGACGGGGAGGUGGUGUUUGCGGACGUGGCGGCCGCGCAUCCGUUGCUGAAGAAGUGGGGCGCCAUUUUGCGUCAGGAGGCGGAUCGGUAUGGGGUUGAUUGGGAGGUGCUGAAAGACGACGACGGCGCUGGGAGGGAAGGAGGAGGCGACGGCGGCGGCGGCGGCGGCGAGUGGGAAGGGGACAGACCGAGGAGAGAGAAAGAGACGAGACUGGCCGCCGUGAAGGCUAAGGGCAAGGAGGCGUUUACUUGGUGA